UUCUUCUUUUUUUUUUUUUUAAAAAAAAAAAGGCAAGCAAAAGCUGCAUAGGUUUUUGUAGCAUUAAAUCUGUUUCUUGUGUGGCUAUCUGAAGUUGUACAUGAAAUAUAUCUCAGGUUUUCAACAACUUUGGUCUGAGAAGGUAAUGUUUGUGGUCUUUCUGGCGUGUGAAGUAGCUCUUUAAAGCACUUGGAUUUAAAAUGAAGGAUGAAAUUGCUGCUACGGUCUUCUUCAUCACGAGGCUGAUAAAAAGGGAAGACAAGCUGAGCAAGCACAAAAUAGAGAGAUUUGCAGCUAAGCUGACAACACUGCUGUUUGAAAAGUACAAGAAUCACUGGUACUUGGACAAUCCAUCCCGAGGACAGGCCUUCAGGUGUAUAAGGAUAAACAAACAUCAGGCAAGAGAUCCGCUGCUGGAGCAAGCUUGUGUGGAGAGUAACGUGGACUUCAACAAGCUUGGUUUGCCAAAAGAGAUGACGCUGUGGGUUGAUCCAUUUGAAGUGUGUUGCAGGUAUGGAGAGAAGAACCGGCCGUUCACAGUUGCUAACUUUGAAGGAGAGGAGAACCCAGAGCUUUCGCAGCAGAUCAACUAUGCUGUUGACAGAGCAGCUCUAGACUAUCCUUCUGGCACCUCUUCGGAUGAGGAGAGCUUCAACAGGGAACCAAAAGCUAUCCCUACCGUCAGCAAUCCCAACAGCGUCUACCAGUUUGACUACUGCAAGACACCCAUACAGUCCUGGUCUCAGUAUCUUCAUAGGAAGACACACACGAGUGGCUCAUCCUAUGCUCAGCACAGGGCUUACAAAGCCUUCAGGCCAACUGUUGCUUUCCCAGGACCACGUGUUGAUAGAUACCACUGGAUCAAUACCAAGCGGUAGAUCUGUGGCUUCUCUGUUCCAACAGCCUCUAACACUGAGCUGUGCUGUGGGAUGAAGGCUGGUGCUACAGAGCUUCAUGAGAAGAGAAUGUACUUACUGUCUGUUCCCUAUCCUCUUACUCUGUACUACUGAAACUCUGGGUUUUUAAAUAACGUUUUAAUAUUUUAACAAUGUUUACGAGACUGAAAAUUAAUGUGAGAUGCUACUUGUAAGCUAAAAAGGAAAUGCAUAUAUAUCAAUAAAUCUAAUCAUGUUUUCUUUUAAAAA